UCUUCCAUUUUUCUUCCGUUAACAAGCAAGAGAAAGUUUGAUUUCUCUUGAAUCAAAGUUGCUAGAAAGAGUUUCUUGCCACAAUACAUUCACAUAACCUCACCUAAUGCAAAACCCCAAAAGGUCAAGUGGUUGGCAAGCAAUCAAAGAGAGAUUUGCGGUUGCCAAAGGGUGUCUUGGUGUGCUUGUGGUGGACAAGCUAGAGAGGCGACACUUGGAGCCCUAAGAGCACCCAAAGGGAGUAAGAUAUAUUGAUUCAGCGCCUUUGGAGGAUCCUGUAAUCAGGCAGCUCCAUGAGUUGGAUGCUAACUCUUUACUUGAUAUUUUGCCCGAGAUUCCUACGUGGGUGAAGCAUCCUGAUUUUGAUAGAAUUGACUGGUUGAACAAGUUUGUAUCAGAUAUGUGGCCUUACAUUGACAAGGCAGUAUCCGGUUUAAUAAGGAGCAUGGUGAAUCCAAUAUUCGCGGAGUACGCUGGAAAGUAUAUGAAGUCUAUAGAUUUUAAGAGCUUCAGCCUUGGAACUCUUCCUCCUACUAUACAUGGUAUUAAAGUGCACGAAACAAGUGAAAAAGAACUAGUAAUUGAGCCUGCAGUUCGAUGGGUUGGAAAUCCUAACAUAACUCUGGUGCUGAAAUUCUUAUCUCUACCGAUUACAAUACAGCUGUUGGAUGUUCAAGUAUUUGCAGUACCUCGGAUCACAUUAAGACCUCUUGUGCCUACUUUCCCUUGUUUCAGCAGCUUGGUGGUUUCUUUGCUAGAAAAGCCACGUGUAGACUUUGGACUGAAACUGCUUGGAGCUGAUGUAAUGGCAAUCCCUGGUUUGUAUCAAUUUGUUCAGGAACAUAUAGGACGACAAAUUGCUAGUCUUUAUCUCUGGCCUCAAACCCAUGACAUACAGAUUCUGGAUGGUUCAGUAGGGGCUAUGAAGAAGCCUGUAGGCAUUCUGCAUGUGAAGGUCAUACGGGCAGUUAGACUGUUGAAGAUGGAUCUGUUGGGAACAUCUGAUCCUUAUGUUCAACUCAGCCUGUCUGGAGAGAGGCUUCCAGCAAAGAAAACUUCUAUUAAGAUGAAGAACCUUAGCCCUGAGUGGAACGAGUACUUCAAGCUUGUUGUCAAGGAUCCUGAGUUUCAAGUCCUUCAAUUACAUGUUUACGACUGGGAAAAGGUUGGUACCCAUGAUAAGCUGGGGAUGCAAGUAGUUCCACUCAGAUUGCUCACUCCAUAUGAAACCAAAAGAUUUACGCUGGAUUUAGUCAAAAACCCAAAUCCUAAUGAUCCUCAGAAUAAAAAACACAGAGGCAAACUUGUCGUGGAGAUGGCAUUUAAUCCUUUCAAGGAAGAUAGUGAGAAAUUUAGUGGACCUUUAGAUUGCAAUGUGAGGAAGGGAAGUGGAGUUGGAAGGAUACCUGAAGACACGUUGGUACAUAGAGGUGGUUUGCUUUUAGUUACAGUUGAGGGAGCAGAGGAUGUUGAGGGAAAGCAUCAUAACAACCCCUAUGCAAUGGUUAUAUUCAGGGGAGAGCAGAAGCAAACCAAGUUGAUUAGGAGAACAAGAGAUCCAAGAUGGAAUGAAGAAUUCCAGUUUGUGCUGGAAGAGGCUCCCCUGAAAGAGAAGAUCCGUAUAGAUGUCAUGAGCAAGGGAACAGGCUUCAGCUUCAGAAACAAGGAAACGCUGGGGUAUGUGAAUAUUAACCUUGUGGAUGUGGUGUACAAUGGGCGAAUCAAUCAGAAGUAUCAUCUAAUAAAUUCCAAAAAUGGAGUUUUAAGUGUUGAUAUUAGAUGGAAGGCUCUCUGAGAAGCAAUUUCUAAAACAGGUUUCCAUUGUUAAAUACUGACCGUAUAUAAAUGCUCACUAGCUAUAAGGCAUACAGUUUUGAAACUUUGCAUGUUUAUACAAGCGUUUCUUAAUGUGGUCAUUAAUUUGUAUAGGAAAGACUUUUGUUUCAAAUUAAUUUGCGGAUGAGGAGCAACUAUAAUUUAAUAAUAAUUUUUUUUAUUUAUUUAAUUUUGGUGUAAUAUCGAAUUCAAUAUCUAAUAAGAUAGAAAGAGAAAGACGACUAACA